AGAAACCCACGAUAAGUAUGAUCUCAAGGGCGAUAGAAAAGGGGUUGUUUUCUGCUGUUGUUUUCAUUUUUCUGCUUUUUUUUCGAAUGUCAUUGCAGCUUGAUGGAAAUGGGUAUUCAACUUUUCCUCAGCUGAUAACUAAAGAUCUUGGAAGUCGAUAUUUUUCUGUCAAAAAGGGAUAUAGGCUUGAUGGGAAGCCGAGUAAAACCAUUCAAGUCCAUGACACCUUUACUUGCCUUCAACACUGUAUGAAAGAUUCGUGUAUCUCGGUGAAUUUCCAAGAGAAAACGAGAACAAAGGGAACUCAUGUUUGUGAAUUGAUAACUGGAAAACUAUCRCCAAGUGAACUUGAUAAAGCUUUGAGAGGCGACGACACUUUUAAUUUCAUUUCUUUGCAGCCGCCAUUGUAUAAAGAUUGUCAUGAAAUCUACAAAGACGGAGGAAAAGUCAGCGGUGUCUACAGCAUCUCUCCCAGUCAGUUUCAUCCAGUUCAAGUCUACUGUGACAUGGUAACCAGUGGAGGAGGAUGGACUGUCAUCCAAAAACGAAUAGACGGCUCGGUCGAUUUUUACCGUGACUGGGCUGACUAURAAUGGGGGUUUGGAAACAAACUUGGAGAGUACUGGUUGGGACUGGAUAAUAUCCACAGGAUGACGUCACAGAGGAGAUACCGCCUGCGAGUUGACAUGGAGGACUUCGAGGGAAACACGCGAUAUGCUGAUUAUGGAUUGUUUAAGGUGGCUGAUGAGAGUGUUAAUUACCGUCUWACUGUGGGACAGUACACAGGUGAUGCUGGUAAUGCGUUGUUUGUUCACGACAACAUGACAUUUUCCACCAAAGAUCGUGAUAACGAUAAAGAUAACUUAAAAUCUUGUGCAGUAGCGUUCAAAGGAGCAUGGUGGUACAACAAUUGUCUGAACUGUAAUCCCAAUGCUUACUAUUACCAGGCCUGUAAAAAUGCGUGCCCUGAAUAUAAAGGGAUUUACUGGCAGCAAUGGCACGGAGCAAAGUAUUCUUUAAAGCGAUUUGAAAUGAAGAUUAAACCAAAUUUCUAAUUAACAAAUAAAUAUCAAAUGGACAAACAUAACUUAAAAUAGCACUAGCAUAGCAUUUUUGGUUUAUAGUUACUCAUUUGGCUGAUACUAUUAAAUAAUACUAUUAAAUGCAAAGGGUACUAAGCUAGAAUAGUCCCUUUCACAGUUCCCUGCGCUAACUUGAAAGGAAAGACCUUUUUUGAUAAUAGAGACCCUUGGACACACCUUGGACACUUAAUUACAUGUCUCUAUGGAUACACCGCUCGUCUCGCUUCGAUGCUAAGGCACGGCUACCUUUCAAGAUGGCGCAGGAACCUGUGAAGGGGACUAUUGGCGAAUAAAAAAGUAAAUUUGCAUUUGUUGUAAUAAUAAACUUAUAUUCCCUUGUAACAAUCUCUAUACAAAAACUGUGCAAAUUUUAUUUAGAGUUAAACAGUUACUGAUAAAAAAGAAAAACAAAUAUCGAUCCGAAAAAGCUCAAAAAUGAAAAUGAGAAAUAAACUGAAAGUGCCACAAGAUUGUAUCCAAUGCUAAUAUAUUCGUGAAAUAAACUGAACCACGAG